AUGUCUGCUUUUGGACUGCUCCCAAGUCCUCCCAUAUCGGAUUCGAGACCUGCAAGUACGGGACCUGAAUCUUACUUCGCCUGCAAGGAAGUUUCGAACGCGGACGGAGAGAAUGGCCCCUAUGAGUUAGAAGCGCCGACUCCAGAGAAGCCAACUGAAAAGCCAACAGAGAAACCAACGGAAAUUUCUCAGGAGGAAAUCAAGGAGAAAACUCCAGAAGAGGUUGGAAAACAACUGGAAGACGUUCAGAACCCGCCACAUACUGUCUAUCGUUCUUGGCAGACAAGUCCGGUCGAUCCACGACUGGCAGACGUAACAAGCGUGCAAGAAGCCCAUUCGAAUUUUAUACGGCAGUGCGAGACUGAUGAAAUGGCGUCACCAUCAGAUGGACCUAGAGCUCCACCGGUUCCUUUCACAUCGCCUGCAUCUGACCUCAAUGCUGAGUCUGUCUCAGACAGGUCACCGAGACCACAACGCCCGAGAACUGGAACUGUCUCGAGCGAAGCAAGUUGGGUACCCAACAAUUUCUCGUAUUGCAAGACAUGGCUCCAAGGUGUACCUUUGGAAUCUCCGAAUGGUAUUCAAAAUGAAAAUCCUCGGGUGUCGAACAGGAGAAAAUUCCAGAUCAUUGAGAAGGAUCCACCUAUGCCCUCAUUAGACGCCAUUCCCGGGGCUAAAGCUCUUGAUGAACCUGUGCAAACCCCGAUUAGUAGAUAUUGCGCGACAGUCAUCACCAUCUGUUGCGCGUUCCCCUCAUUGGAUCCAUCCCCUGUACCACCUCCUGUACCGGCGCACGCAGUCCCAAUGACCCCUGAUCAGAUCCAAGAGGAAGUUUCAGCAUUCAGCCCUGAUACGCCUCAAGACAAUCCCCUCGCUAUGUCUGAUAGCGGUUAUGGCACUCGAGAGUCCGGUUAUUCCCUGGACAGUUACCCAGACAGCAAGGAUGAUGAUACGUAUACUGAUCCUGGAUCAUUAACAUCAGACAGUGUCACAUCAACUAUUGUUUGUGAACGUCCGGACUCCGCGCAGGGAGAGCGCGAAACAUCACCCCAGCCUGAAAUACGAUCAGGCAGUGUCAGCCCUCAGGCCUCACCACUACCACCUGCUCACCCUUCCCCAGACCGAUCUAUCAAGUCUGACAAGGAAGACGUGGAGAAACAAGGUUCAUGGCGCCAUGAGUGGACAAUAGACGACCACGAAUGGACCCUUGGAGAACUCGAACACUCUGUUAAGGACUUCCCCCGGCACAUGCUACGUCUCACAUCACCAGUCAUAGUAUUUCUCCGAAAGAACGACGAAAAGGCCCUUCUGCGGCCAUUCCGCACUAUUUUCCCAGAUGCCACAGAGAAUCUAUUAGAUUGCCUGUGCGCUGCUGUCAUUGCUCGCAACUAUCUCCUUUCUCUCGCCGCGACUCAUCGCCGCAGACCUUCAUUAUCUGUCCGAAACGACAUAUAUGCCGUGGAUGCCAUUCCCACAAAAGCAUAUAGCACUCUGGGCAUCCAACUGCCGACUGGUUCUCCCAGUCAUCGCAAAGAUCGGUUCAUUGGCUCCCGCAGCAGUGAUCUUCGUCAACAAGUUGAGAAAACGGUUGACAGCCUGCUAUUUGCUAUCUGUGGACGAUCCGAUAGCACACUCAAAUCUGCAGUCGAAGUCCUGGCGCAGGUCCUCGAAACCAAGGCCACAUAA